CCGGGGGGGCCGGCUCGAGUGACGUCAGCGGAGGCUCGAGUUACAUGUGGAAACCCCUUCGUCAGUCCACAUCGUGGAAAUCAAUCUGCCGGCAACUGGAAGCGAAGUACUGGCUAUGUUCGUGGGCGAACGCGAGUAGCACAUUUUAUAGCAAGAAAAGUAAAACGGGUUCAAAUAGCCGCGCAGAAAGCAAGACUAUUAGGGGCGAGGACUUCAAUCAAAAAGAGAAAAAAAUAAUCUAAUUUAUUCGUUUUUGUUACAUUGUAUUUUGGGGAACGUAAUUUGGGAACCAUGAUUGCUUCGCAUUUACUGGCAUACUUUUUCACGGAACUGAAUCAUGACCAAGUACAAAAAGUCGACAAGUACCUCUAUCACAUGCGGCUGUCCGACGAGACGCUGAUGGACAUCUCCCUCCGCUUCCGCCGCGAGAUGGACAAAGGUCUCGGCCGCGACACCAACCCCACCGCCGCCGUGAAGAUGCUUCCCACCUUCGUGCGUUCCACCCCCGAUGGCACAGAGAAGGGAGACUUCCUGGCGUUGGACCUGGGGGGGACCAAUUUCCGCGUGCUGUACGUGAAAGUGUCCGACAACGGGAAGCAGAAGGUGGAGAUGAAGAACCAGAUCUACGCCAUCCCUGAGGACCUGAUGAGAGGCAGUGGGACAGCGCUGUUUGACCACAUCGCUGAGUGUCUGUCCAACUUCCUGGACAAGCUGGGCAUGAAGGACAAGAAGCUGCCCCUGGGAUUCACCUUCUCCUUCCCCUGCCAGCAGACCAAGCUGGACGAGAGCAUCCUGGUGACGUGGACGAAGGGCUUCAAGUCGAGUGGGGUGGAGGGCAAGGAUGUGGUCGCCCUGCUGAGGAAGGCCAUCAAGAAGAGAGGGGACUUCGACAUCGAUAUCGUGGCCGUGGUGAACGACACCGUGGGCACCAUGAUGACCUGUGGCUAUGACGACCACAACUGCGAGAUCGGGCUGAUUGUGGGCACGGGCACCAACGUGUGCUACAUGGAGGAGAUGCGGCACAUGGACCUGGUGGAGGGCGACGAGGGGCGCAUGUGCGUGAACAUGGAGUGGGGCGCCUUCGGGGACGACGGGACGCUGGAUGACGUGCGCACCGACUUCGACCGCGAGAUCGACAUGGGCUCGCUGAACCCCGGGAAGCAGCUGUUCGAGAAGAUGAUCAGUGGCAUGUACAUGGGCGAGCUGGUGCGCCUGAUCCUGGUGCAGAUGGCCAAGGAGGACCUGCUGUUCGAGGGCAGGAUCACCCCCGACCUGCUGACGACGGGCCACUUCGAGACGGGCUUCGUCUCCGCCAUCGAGAACGACAAGGAGGGGCUGGAGCGUGCCCAGGAGGUCCUGACCCGCCUGGGCCUCUCCCCCUCGGAGGAGGACUGCGUGGCGACCCAGCGGAUCUGCCAGAUCGUGUCGACGCGCGCCGCCCACCUGUGCGCCGCCACGCUGGCCGCCGUGCUGCGGCAGAUCCGCGACAACAAGGGCGUGGAGCGGCUGAGGACCACGGUGGGCGUGGACGGCUCUGUGUACAAGAAGCACCCGCAGUUCGCCCGGCGGCUGCACAAGAUGGUCCGGCGGCUGGUGCCGGACUGCGACGUGCGCUUCCUGCGCUCGGAGGACGGCAGCGGGAAGGGCGCCGCCAUGGUGACGGCGGUGGCGCACCGGCUGGCCAGCCAGAAGGCGGAGCGGCAGGCCACGCUGGAGGGGCUGCGGCUGGACCGGGAGGCGCUGCUGGAGGUCAAGCGGCGCAUGAGGGCCGAGAUGGCCGCCGGGCUGCGCCGGGAGACGCACACCUCCGCCUCCGUCAAGAUGCUGCCCACCUACGUCCGCUCCACGCCCGACGGCACAGAGAGGGGCGACUUCCUGGCGCUGGACCUGGGCGGCACGAAUUUCCGCGUGCUGCUGGUGCGCGUGCGGAACAGCAAGAGGCGCACGGUGGAGAUGCACAACAAGAUCUACACCAUCCCGCAGGAGGCCAUGCAGGGCACCGGCGAGGAGCUCUUUGACCACAUCGUCCACUGCAUCGCCGACUUCCUGGAGUACAUGGGCAUGAAGGGCGUGUCCCUGCCGCUGGGCUUCACCUUCUCCUUCCCCUGCCACCAGAACAACCUGGACCAGGGGAUCCUGCUAAAGUGGACAAAGGGCUUCAAGGCGUCCGGCUGCGAGGGGGAGGACGUGGUCACCCUGCUGAAGGACGCCAUUCACCGCCGCGAGGAGUUUGACCUGGACGUGGUUGCCGUUGUCAACGACACAGUGGGCACCAUGAUGACCUGUGGCUACGAAGACCCCCUCUGUGAAGUGGGGCUGAUUGUGGGAACGGGCAGCAACGCCUGCUACAUGGAGGAGAUGGCGAACGUGGAGCUGGUGGAGGGCAGCGAGGGGCGGAUGUGCGUCAACAUGGAGUGGGGCGCCUUCGGAGACAACGGCUGCCUGGACGACUUCCUCACCCCCUUCGACAAGGCCGUGGACGAGCUGUCUCUCAAUCCUGGCAAGCAGAGGUACGAGAAGAUGAUCAGCGGGAUGUACUUGGGGGAGAUCGUGAGGAACAUCCUCCUGGACUUCACGAAGCGGGGGCUGCUGUUCCGGGGCAAGAUCUCCGAGCGGCUCAAGACGCGAGGCAUCUUCGAGACCAAAUUCCUGUCUCAGAUCGAGAGUGACCGUCUGGCCCUGCGGCAGGUGCGCUCCAUCCUGCAGCACCUGGGCCUGAACAGCACGUGCGACGACAGCAUCAUCGUGAAGGAGGUGUGCACGGCCGUGGCGCACCGGGCGGCGCAGCUCUGCGGGGCCGGCCUCGCCGCCGUGGUGGACAAGAUCCGCGAGAACCGCCGGCUGGACCACCUGAAGGUCACCGUGGGAGUGGACGGCACUCUGUACAAGCUGCACCCUCAUUUCUCCAACAUUCUGCAUGAGACUGUCCAAGACCUGGCCCCACAGUGUGACGUCACUUUCCUCCAAUCAGAGGACGGCAGCGGGAAGGGGGCGGCCCUGAUCACAGCAGUGGCCUGUCGUAUCAGAGAGGCCGGGCAACACUGAACCUCCUCUGCCAAUGAGAGCAGAGCAGCAGGCUGGAGGGAGGAGAGAAACAGAACAGACUUUAGCUUCCAUUUAGCUUCCUUAUUAAACCAAGUGGCUUCCACUGCCCCCUACUGACCUGAACAGAAGCAUGCAAUUUUUAGGAGCAAAAGCAAGAUCUCCAGAGUGGAGGAAGUGAGAUUGCUGUGCCAAACGAUGUUCACUAAUUGUAACGCUGAGGAUUUUUUUUGUUUUUGUUCUUUUUAACACUGGUUGCUGUGGAAACGGCUUGUAUUUCUUUGGUGCGGAUGGUGGAUGAUUUUUAUUUCACUUGUUCUAACCUAAUUCCCUCUGGGACAAUGAAAUUUAGAAAACUCCCUUCUGUUAAAAUAGAAACAUGCCUGCCCCCUGCUGGGCGGCUCUAAAACUGCAGCAGCUGCAUGUAAGAACCGCAGAAGUGUUACUUGUGCUGUGUUUGGGCCAGUUCUUGUGCGAUUUAAAAAACCUAGCAGGCAGAUGAUUAGAGUAGUCAUCCUCACUAGGAUUGGGGUCUAAGUUUUUUCCUUAUGUGGUGUUUUUUUUUUUUUGUCUGUUUUGUGUUCAGUCUGAUUGGGGUUCUUUAAAGCCAGCAGGCAUUGAGUUCAAUAAUUUUCAAAAGAAAUAAGUUCCUAGUGUCCUGCACAGUCAGCCCCCUGGAAGAAAUAGGUCUUAUGUUUUUGAUUUAUAUAUUUAAGUGUCUAUUUAUUGAAUGUUCUUUUUGUGCGUGUGAAAUGUCGUGUUCAGUAUGGUGAGAGCCAAUGGCUGGAGCCAGCAAGGGUAAACCUGUGGGCAGGUUAGGAAACGGGGAGGAAGAGGCUGGAUUGGCAGCAGUCUCUGCAGUAGGGAGAGCACUGUGUGCGCUGGGGGAGUUCGGGGCAGCAGUAGCACUGCUCCUGUGGUUUCUGAUCCAGCAGAGAUCUAGAUUUGCCUCAUCGAACCUCUUUCAUUUACUCUCUCGGGAGCUGUGUAGCAGAUUUCCCAUCAUGCCCAGGGAAUUGAAGUCGCAUGAAAUCGAUCAUUCUGGCAGCAUGGUGGCAUGCCUGUCGAUGCUCUCGGGUGCUGGUUUCAAUUCUGGGGUAGCUCACCUUCUGCGUGGAGUUUGCAUGGGUUUCUUCCCACCUCCCAAACACCUGUUGCCCGGGUUUGAUUAGCUCUUCCAAACUGUCCCUUUCUCCGUGACUCUGUAAUGGGCUUAGCGUCCUGUCCUGGGUCCUGCCCAUGAUGGCCUUUCAGUCCCAACAGGGCUUCUGGGAUCGAUCCUGAUUCCCACGACCCUCACCGGCACAAGCAGGACUAUGAUCAUCCAUGGCUUGUAUGGAAGCCUGCAGUCUGUUAUCAGGUUUAAAUAUUAGUAAAGUUCUUACAGUCACAGCUCCCCUUGAGAUUAGUCUCGGUUUUCCCUUUAUAUUAAACACAUUGGGGUUCCAGGACGUAUGUCUAAUACAGGGGUUUGAGCUCCUAAAGGAUCCUUCGUUUUGCACCUUGGUCAAGCUUUCUGUCAUUUGCACUGCGUAUAAAUGUCAAAGUAACAAACGACGUUUCCAAAGUAUUGUAACCGGAACAUGUUGACCACAGUGCUGAGUUAACCGCAACACCAUGAAAGUGUGGAGUGUAGUUUUAAUCUUACAGGAUGCUAAUUUCGGAGUCACCACAAGCCUUUUCAUUCCUUCCUUUUUGGAUUUGAUAAAAUUAGAAAGUUAUUCCUUUGUCUUUAAAAAGGUACGAGAACAAUUCUCGUGUCAACAGAAAGAAGUAUACAGUGGGCUCCAAAUGUAUUCAUACCCUUGAUAUUAUAUACUCAGAUUCCUUAUUUGUUCUUUUUUCAUUACACAACAUUUAACAGUUGCAGGGUAUGAAUAAACUUGAACAUUUUGAUUUUUUUUUUCAUUCUUGUUUUGCAAAAUGAACUUUUAGUUACAGUUUAUCAAGGGUGUGGAUAAACGGGACCGACUGUAGUGUCCCAUUGGCAACAGCCAUAGCAAAGCCAGCCAGUUAGGGUGUAAAUAAACUACUGCACUUUCUCUCACCAGCCUUUGUAAGUACGUACUGUAACCACACACUUAACUGCGAGGUGUUUUAUGUUAUGUUAUGAGAAAUGUAGUAAAGUGUAAAUAUUAACCGUGAUGUCAGUUUUUGACUUUCAUCGCCUUCGACUUGAAAUCAGAGUGGUCACUGUUUUUAGGAGUGGGGUUUAUUUGGAGGUCUGGGGGAGGAAUUGGCAAUCACCCAGCCUGAUUCAACCCCCACACCCUCAUUUGCAAUCUCUGGGUUUUGCAUAGAUGCUCUGGGCCUCUGCUUUCCUGUCUUCUUCCUGUUCAUGGACAGCAGGACUGUGUGCUUACAAAAAUCCACCCCUCUUUGCACUUCCAGUGGACUGCUCCACAAGGAUCCAGGGAAUAAAUGUCUGGGAUGUACCAUUGUGUUCCCAGAAGGUGCAGGAUGAAGGGGGGGCUCUGAUGCUGUGUGAAUUUGAUCAACGGUGACUCGGACCAUAUUCCGAGAAGGGAUUUCAUUAUGGCUGCAGUCUCUGCAAAACAGGAGCGCCUUGAUUUUCAUUUAAAGUACACAGUCCUGUGGUCUCCUUUGGACAUAUAACUCCCUUCAAAUCCACCUGUUUGAUGAUGGGGGUGGUGGUAACUCUCAUUGCAUUGCAGUGUGAAACAUUGCAGGUUUUAAAAGCUGUUGGCUGCUGGACAUAAGCCUGCAAGAGGCCCUGGAUGCAUCCUGCUUACUUUGUUCAAUUUGGAGUAAGUUUGUGUAGAUAGACGUAGGGUCCUUUUCUUCUCUAAUGGUACACUCUGCCUAAGGGCCUGUACCCCAUAAAACCAGACAUGGAUCCAAAGGCUGGGCAAUGGGAGCUUUCUUGCCAUCCAUGAGCACAAUCACUGGGUUGCUAUACUCUACAUAGAGUUUGCUCCAUAUAAACUUCUAAUGUUUAUUAAUCUGUAAAGGAGAAGAGAAAUCAGUGUUCAGAAGUUUAUUUUUUUUAUCCUAUGUGUGUAUAAACUAUUACCUGAGCCAAAUGGUGUAAAGAGAUUAAAUAUUUGUACAGAUGCUGGUGGAAUUCUUGGAUGAAUUGAACAAAGAGUGCUGUUGCUAAUCUUUUUUUCCUUCUGGAAUUAACAAGUGAUUGAACCUUGACAAGAAAAUGAUAGAUAAGUAGCGCCCUCUUGUGGAAUAAGAUUGUAUUGCAAUACAAAAUAAAGGUAGUGUACUGUUCUCA